CCCCGAGUAUCAAUUAUGGUACUGCUUACAGCAGCUAUACACCUUUAUUCACCACCGCCAUUAGUUUGCUGACUCAAUUAUACCAAGAUCUGGCAAUUACAUUGAAUUAAACUCUUCGCUGAAAUAUUUUACUAUUAAUAUUAUUACUAAAACCCGACCCAAAGGGCUUAUAUUUCACCAUGGCAGACUCUACCUCACAGUCGACGCCCGCACCGAUAGUAACAGCAGACAAAUGCAUCAUACGUGCAUAUGUGCCUAGUGACGCCGAGGGCGCCGUGGCGGCAGCCAACUUCCCAGAGCUUGUGCAAUACAUGCGCAAUACCUUUCCUCAUCCCUACACACUAGACAACGCCAAUUACUGGAUCAACCUUUCCCUAAACAGCAACCCCAUGGUAAAUUUCGGCAUCUUCACGCCUGAAGGCACCUUCGCCGGCGGUAUCGGGCUUAUUCCCGGCCAGGACAUCGAGUAUCGUACGUGGGAGAUCGGGUACUGGGUCGGAAAGGACUUCUGGGGGAAGGGUAUCGCAACAAGUGCUCUCAAGAGUUUUUCCGCCUGGGCCUUCGAGCAAUUCCCGGAGCUGAUCAGGAUUGAGGCUGGUGUGUUUAUAGAGAACGUCGCGAGUCAGAAAGUUUUGGAGAAGGCUGGUUAUACAAAAGAAGGAAUAAGAAGGCAGGCCGUCUGCAAGAAGGGAAAGAUUAUGGACCAAGUGACGUAUAGUUUACUUCGGGAUGACCUGAGGGAUUUAUAUGAGCUUCAGUAGGAUAUCUUAGAGUAUGGUUGUUUUAUAUUUUAUAUUGCCUAUCUGCUGUAUCGGGGAUGCAGGUGUAAGGCGAGCAUGAAAAAUAGGGGCUGGGAUCCAAAGCUGCUGAUAGGGUGUUUCCGACACCAAUCCAUAGAUCAUUCUCUAUAAGCAUAUUCUCCUGUGAAUAUAGGUAAUCAAACUCAUACCAUGCUUCGACCUCGCCUUGGUUAUAUGCCAAAGGUACCUUUACAACCUUUCUGAUCCUAAGGCAUUCCAUUUAUGAAUUAUAGUUAUCAUUCAUACUAAUGUCUGCGAGCAUACUGGUUUAUCUAUUAAUACUAUAAAAAACUCCACCAAGGUUUAGGCAUUUGUUUAGAGGGG